GAGCGAAAAGGAAGUCGCGGAAGUGUUACGGGACAGGAUACUUUACGAACUGCAGGAAAAAAACCGCAGCGAGGCGAGAGGCCACUCCAAAUCAAUUCAACGGUGCGGAUUUAAUGAUCCAAACCCAACUACCGCUGAUCAUCGCCCCCCUCUCUCUCUCUCUCUCGCUCUCUGCCUCUCUCUCUGGUUGUUUUCCGGAGGCCUCACAAAAUGUGUUACGGUUCGGAACGAUUUCCAUCAAAAGAUGAAAUAGCGGCUACGCGAGGUAGGCCUCCGGCGACCGACGCUGCGGUGGUGGAAGAUCUGAGGGACCGGUUGGCCGAGACGGAGGCGCGGCUGGAGCGGGCCCGCGCCCGAGAGGCCGAGCUCAGCCGCCGCCUCGAGGAGAUGAAGCGCUUCGUCUCCGUCAUGGAGAUCAUCGAGAACUACCUCAAGCGACGCUUUCGCGAGCGGCAAGAAAACGUCGUUCGUCUCUUGUCUCCGGUACCCAGAAACUAACCAACCCAACUGAAAAGAUGAAAAAAAAAGAAAGAAAUUCUGUCAUUUUCGUCUUUAAUUUCUACAGCUGCUUAUGGUUGGUUCCUCCUUUGAUGAUGUUGAUUUUUUAUUUUCUCUUUUGGUCGUGGACUGUUGAUGUUCUGUUUGUAACAUUCCUGGUGUUGGAUAGGCAAUGAUCAUUGUCAAUCACAAAUUGAACUUUUUGCGAUU